CUUAUUUCUGCUGAAUGUUCCGCUCAUUUCUUGUUACAAGUAACGGUUAGGUAAAAAAAGAUAUUGGAUACCGUGGCAUAAGUUUAACUUGUAAAAAGCGUAUUUAACGUAAUUUAAAUUGAAAAUAAAAUUAUAUUUUGUAUAAUAAAAUAGAAAAGAGGUUGAUUGUGAAAAUUAUCAUAAAAGAGUGGCAAGAAAAUCCAGACGAGUGGCGCGUCUGUGCAAACGGCUCCUCUUUGGUUGCAUGACGUAAUUGUAUUGAUCGCGGAAGAAGAGCCGAAAGUCGCGCAUUCGCCAUCUUGGACGAAUUGUGGAAAAGAAGUUUCUGUGUCUCGCAGGCGCGGUACGCUUAUAAUAAUUCUAAUCCGUGACAAUCCGGACAUUAAUUAAUUUAAUUGGGAAUUAACCCUUUUGUGAAUUAGAAACCCAUUUGGAGCGGACCAAGACAAAGGGUUCGUUCUUUGGGUCUGAUUGAUACUAAAUGGUUGCCUGCAGACAGCAUGUCUACUCUGUCAGGGCUUGUGUCGAAGGGGGAGAAAGGAAAAUCCAAAUUUCAAUCAUUAGACAUCAAUAGCUUGUACCGGGUGAGUAGGGGAGAAUCUUUAGAACAACAUCAGCAAAAAAACACACUACCACGCAAACAUGGAAUGCAAAGUCUUGGGAAAGUGCCUUCGGCACGGCGACCACCUGCUAAUUUGCCUAGCUUGAAAAGUGAACAUAGCAGUAACGAUCCAGCUGUCAGUCUUGUGCCAAGCGGAGGAAGUGGUUGGGCUACUACCAAAGAGUCAACAACUACCACUACUGCUACAACCACCACGACUGUAACUGCAUCAGAUACAUCCACUGCAAAUUCUUCAACAGCACAAUGUGUGACAGGAACCAUCACAACAUCAUUGCAUCCAUUACUCCCAGGGCAACAAAAUACUUCACAGUCUUCAUAUUCAUCCGAUGUAAACAACAAAUCAUCAUGGAGUGCAAUAAUGAGCAGAUCUGGAGAUGGUACUGUAUCAGGAGGCCAACAACAGUCACAACAACAGCAGCAGCAGCAACAGCAGCAGCAACAGCAGCAAACGGCAAGUCGGGAAUUAAGUGCACAAUACGGACCUGGACCAAGUUUACGGCCUCAAACGGAAGGAAGUUGGAUACAAGGUGGAAGUCGUACAGCCAGUGGUGCAGGAAUAGCAACUACAGGUCCUGGAAGUGGGAGUUCAGGGGUCCAGGCCCCCCCUUUGAAUAUCACUGGAUCAGGAGGACAUACCGACAUAUCUGCUGGCGGGCGACAGAACUUGGUCCAGUCUCCCAACAUGGGAAUGGGCCAGGGAGGCCCUCAUAAUUCUUCAAACAGUCAGAAUGCUGUGAGUUCUAGUUCUCAUCAAGUUGGUCCAAAUCUACAUCACUACCGAGGACUUAUUCCUCCAUUUAUGUACAGAGGAAAUUUUUCUGGUGGAUUUCCUUCUCAAUUCCCGGCAAAUACAAGUUCUGGUGCACCUAGACCUCGAUUCAAUUAUCCCUCAGAACGAUUUCCUCCUCCGCCUGUUCGUCAACAGGAACGCGAACGUGUUCCCGAAGAAGAAAUUAUUACACGACCAAUUAUUAAAGAAGAAGAUCUUACUCGAAUGGACGAUAUUUCUCGCGAUGCUGGCUGGGCAGCACAUGACGAUAUUGAUUAUAAUCAAAAGCUUGCCUUCAGCGACGACGAACCUGAUCCUGAACCUUCGAAAAAAGAUGAAAGAAAAGACAAUAAGGAAGAAAAAAUAGAGGAAAAUUCAACAGAUGACAAAGAGAAGACAAGAGAUAACCGUGAUAACCGAGAAACUCACGAUAAUCGAGAUUCGAAGGAAUCACGAGAUCAAGCAACUCAUCGUUCGUGGACUCAGAAUACUUUAUCCCGUGAUUAUCGUGGUUCGAACGGGUCUGGUAGUUAUAGCGGUCAGUCACAACUGCAUUCGGUGCAUUCUUUAAGAGGUGUAGAAGAUGACGAAGCGUGGAACGAGAGACGCAGACUGAAAGUUGUUGAAGUAGCAUCGGCUGUUGAACGUGCUCGACAACGGAAAGAAGAGGAGGAAAAACGAUAUCAGGAAUCAACUAGACAAGCGGCAGCUAAAAAAUUGCAAGAUUUAGAGCAAAAGUUAAAGGAAAAACAAGCUAAUGAAUCUAAAGGUUUGAUAAGCGUUCCACCAGUGCCUAUUCCAGUUCCUGAGUGGGAACGAGAAAGGGAAAACAGGGAACGAGAAAACAGGGAACGCGAGCGAUCCGAAGGAAAAGAUGAAAAAUCACUGAACCGUGAAUUACGUGAAACUAGAGACGGUCCAAAAGAUAACAGAGAUUCACGUGAUCAGUUAAUAUCAGAUUUUCGACAAGGGGACCGACAGAGUUUCACGAGACAAGAUAGUAUUCGUAGUGAACGUGAUAGAGAACGAGACCGCGAUCGUGAUCAAAGGGAUACGAGAGAUCGUGAGCUACAUGCUUCAUCCUCGCGAUAUUAUAAAACUAAUUUACCACCUCGAUUUCAAAAGCAACAGGCGGAAAAAAUCAAUGCUGGUCUUAAUCGAGUUUUUCCUAAUACCGAAAGAUCAACUACGCAAUCCGUUCCAUUUUCUCAGCAAUACGAUCCUGGUAGAUGGGUUCAUAGCCACAGCUCUUUAAUAGACAACAACUUAAAAGCAUCAUCAUCACAUGGUGCGUCACAACGCCGAAGUAGAACAGAUUCAGAUAUUUCCACUUCGAUGGAUGAUGAUCGACCUCCAUCUCGAGACUAUCGUGGUUCUCUACUUCGAGACGAUCGAUAUCGUCAUUCUUCUCAUCGACCAUACGAGACACGCAAAUCAAGUGGUUAUUACGAUGAGUAUACUCGCAGCUGUAGAGAUCACGAAUAUGAUGACAGACAUUCUCGUGAUUCCUGGGAACGUGAAAGAUACUUCGACGAUACUAAAGAUCGAGAUUCAAAGGAUAGCAUAGAGUCCAGAGAUAACAGAGAAACUCGCGAUAUUCGUGAUAAUCGUACCACCAGGGAUACCCGAGAUGCGAGAGAAAUUCGAGAAAGAGAUAACAAGGAUAAAAAGGAUUAUGAUAAUUAUAUAAAGGAUCCCUUUGAUGAUCGUAAUCGUGAACGUGAUCGCGAACGUGAUCGCGAACGUGAUCGUGAACGUGACCGUGAACGUGACCGUGAACGUGAGCGUGAACGUGAACGUGAACGUGAACGUGAACGUGAACGUGAACGUGAACGUGAACGUGAACGUGAACGAGAACGAGAACGAGAACGAGAUCGCGAUCAAAGAGAAAGAUCGGAAAGUACGGAAUGGCGCGAAGAACGUAUCAUUCAAGAUAGAAUGAUUGAUAACCGCCGUGAUAUACAAAGAGAAGAACGAAUGGAACGCAACGAACGUCCACAAAGACCAGAUUCUCGUGAUAGUCGUGCUUCUCGAGAAUCAAAGACAUCUUUGCGAGAUGAUGAUUCGCACAAAUUGCGAGACUGCAGUUCCUGGGUAAAUGAAGUUGUUGAUUAUGAAGAAAAUAAACGAGAUGUCUAUCAUGAAGAUAUCCGAGAAAGAGAACGAGAAAGGGAACGAAGGCAACCGCUAGGACCUGUAACUAAAGAAAGAAUUGAAGCAGAUGAAUUGAAAAACGAAAAGCGUAAUCUAACUCAAUUAAAACGGGCAAGUUCUGAUCAAGAUAAAAAAGAUCAGACGAAAGAAUCAUCGUCGACUAUAGAAGUGAAGAAGGAAAUGGAUGUUUGGAAUAGAAAGGUCGAUCGAGUUAAUGAAAACAAUCGAGUAAUGGAAAGAGGUGAUAACUCGCCAAAAGCCUGGGCGGAUGCUGUUUCUCCGACGUUCGAAAAAGAAGAAGAAAAGACUUCAGAACCUAUUAAGAACGAUAAGGAUUCGGAGGAUUUGAAGCAAAAUUUCGAGAAGUUAAGUAUAGAAAAAAGGGAAGACACGUUAAACGAAGAUGAAGCGGCGGAACAACAGGUGAAGGAAGAUAAACGAGAGAAAAAUAUUCGGAAUAGAACUAGCAGUGGCGGAUCAAAUUCCAGAGUACGUGAUUCUCGAGGUGGGCGUCAAUGGGGUAGCACCUAUAGCGUGUAUGCACGAGGUUGGCGUGGUCCAGAAACAAGAGGACGAAGAGGUGGACCUAGAGCCGCUACUAGACCAGCUUCUGCUAGAAGUGGUUCAUAUGGACAUACGGAUUCGGAAAAUAGCGCUGAUGAAGUGUCUGGCUCGACAGAGUCUGGCAAAGAAGAGAAAAAAUCGGCUAGAUCACCAAAACCUAGUCAAAAAAUAGAGAAAGAAGAACGCAAUCGUGAAGCAAUAGUGUCUGGUCGAGAUGAAAAACGGGCCGAUUAUUCUCAAUCACAACGCAGCGAAAAACGAACUUACGAUAGUAAAGUAAGUCGUGAAGGUUUUGCACCUUCGGGUGAACCGUCUCGCCGCGGUCGAGGAAGUAGUUUCCGAAUUCGAGGUACAACUGCUACCGGCAGCCGAAUGGAGGGAUAUGGGCCUCCAUCUAGUAAGAGUCCUUUUUCCUCCGAGCGCAAUAUUGAUGAAAAACAAAAUUCUAUGCGACAGAAUCCUUCAACGCCUACUCCGGAAAAGGAGGUAAAUUCUCUGUUAUCAUCACAGAACGAAUCUACAGAUGAUAAAAUUAUAGCGAAACAACAAGCACUUACUGCUGGAAUAACUGGAAAGCGUGCCAAAUCUCCAAACCAGCAGUCUCAACAAACUCAACAAUCUUGUAACAAGCAAGAUACAAGUCACACGAGCAGCAAUGCUCCUUCUCAAAAGGUACAAGUUACAAGAAAAGAGGAAUCUCGCUCAAAAAGAACUCGCAGUGGAAGUAGAAGGGGUAGAGAUAAUCGUGAAUUACGUUACCGUGGCAGUGGUAGUAACGUAUCGAAGCAAACAUCUUCGGAUGUAGGAAACGAAGAUUGGGAAACCACGUCCGAGAACAGCGAGGAUCAUGCAGAGGAUCACAAAGAGUCACGUAACAGUCGUAAUAAACAAUUUUCUGCGCGUGCAAGCACGGGUAGUAAUCAAAAUAUUGUAGCAUCAAACGUGCAUUCACGUAGAAAUGAACAGACAGGAAACAAUCGGGAACAACGAGAAAAAAAUGUAAAGUCUUCCAAUACAGCGUCUCGGGCGCCUGGCGCGGAGAAACGAAAUCUACAGAAUUCCAGUUUUGCCAAUCAGAAAAAUCAUUCCAGCACCAUUCCGCCGUUGAUACAAACGGCUCAAGUACAAAACGGAAGAUCGAGAAAUCAAACUUCUGGUAGCAAUUCGACAACGUCGAGUAAAUCAAUGAUAAAGGAUAGUACGGUGAAUCGCAUAGAUGAAAUAAAGUUAAGCGAUCCUAAUUUAGUUAGUCAAGCUCUCAAUGAUAUCAAUAAGAGAUCCCAAGGAAAGGAGAAAAAGGCUAUAAUCGAUUGCGAAAUGGAAACGAAUAAUUGUACGGAAGAUGGUCCUAACAUCGUUGAAGAUAAAGUUGAUUCAGAUGGUUUCCAAGAGGUUCGUUCAAAGAAGAAUGUAAAAGAAUCUAGACAUGGCCAAAAAGAAGAGACAAAACCUUUGAAACGUGAAAAGGAGAAAGAUAGAGAACGCGAUCGUUCUAAGUCGAAAGCAAAUGGGGGUUCACAGCAAACGACUUCGUUGCAACAAGUACAAAGUAUACCGCCUUUGCUUGGUCAAGCCAUUCCACAACCAGCAAAUAUGGUACAAAAACAAUAUGAUAGAACUUUACGGAGCCAAAAGCUUGCACCCAGAUUCCAAAAACAGCGCUUAGCUAAACAGCAGCAACAGCAACAGCAACAAAUGUGUGCAUCUGAGCCAAACGACGCAACUAAAAUCAAUAAUUCAUCAAAUAAUUUCGGUAAAGAUUCGUCAAGCGGCGGCCCUGCACCUCCACCAUCUGUAAACGCUUGGGAUAAACCGUUUACAACGAGUCAAUUACAAUCGAAUUCUCCAUCAGCUGUUCCUACUGACAUCCAGUUGAUAACUGGUUUAUCUACACAGAGCGAACAUGGUCAUAUUCACAGUCACGAAGUUAAUGAGCAGACAAAUUCUGGUAAUAGUAGCCAACGAAAUUCACCAAAUGGCGAAAAAAAUGCUGGGAAAAGUUUAAAAGACCAACUGAUUGAAAAAAAUUCAGUCUCUGAUGUUUCUUCACCACCUGUGCAAACGUUAAUUUUUGAGAAUACGAAUUAUUCAAAAACUACCAAGGCUGGUCCUUCUGAUUUAGCAGUAAAAACCAAAUUUCCGAAUCACAUAAAAGCUCAACAACAACGCGUUGAAAAACGCACAGAUUUAGAAGAAGAAGGCAAUACCGCUGCUACCAUCCAGCAACAACAACAACAACAGCAGCAACAAAGUUUACCUGUGGCAUUUUCAAAUAAACCAAGUGACUUGAUAAAAGAUAAAAAUCAAGAGCCGAUUCAAAUGCCUCUGUCGUUUAAUAAAAACGAAGAUAACGCAGAUAUGAAAUUAGAUUUCACCUUUGAUUCAGAUCUCUCUCAAUUAACCGAAGACAAAAGUAAAAGCUUAGGAAUGACUCGAUCUAUGCACAUGGCUACUGGCCAAAAUACUAUUUCUCCUUCUACGGCAGAGCUUAACUUAAAAAUUGCAUCGGUAAAAAAAGUAUGGGAAAAUGCACCUAUGCCAACCGUAGUCGAGCACGAGGAUGGUAAUGUCGUCAAUACAGCUAAUACUUUCCCUCAAGCGUUCGAAAGUACGGAUGUUGAUGACAGUUACAGCCCUCAUCAACAAUACAAUCAAAAUAACAUGAAAAAUGAAAUAACUACUUCAACGAAUGUGUGCAAGCUGGUUCCCCCGCAGGUGAAGCCGCAGCAACAAUCCUCGGGCAGCAGCAGUGGUCAGUCUGGUUCAACGGUUCCCGGGCCAAGUCCUAUUGGAGCAGGUCAAAGUCCUAUAGGGCAUCCUCCUGUCAGUCUCCAAGGACCAUUGAGCCCACCUCCAUUCAAUUCCACGGGACAACCUUCUCAUAUUAAUUACCAGGAGUUUCCCCAAUAUCCAGGAUCUCAAGCUGCACAGUAUGGUAGCAUGUCUGCUAUACCUUCUCCGCCAGCCGUGUUAUUUAACACUGGCUCCGGUCAACUUCCAGCUCAAGCAGGUGGUCUUUAUGGAGCGUUUCAGUUAGACCAGAGCCGAUCUCCUUUUACACAGUAUCCACCAUAUGCGCCAUCUCUACAAAAUUCGUUCAGUCAACAAAACGUUUAUUUGCAACAACCCCCACCUCCGCCACCGCAUGCACCGAAUGCGCCAACUCCGGAUAUGUAUCAAAGCAAUCUUUCACAGUACCGGAUCACCGCAGCUGCUGCUCCGCCAUUUGGACAAAAUCAGCAACUUAGUAAUAAUCCAAAUACAGUUCUUAUUAGCUCUUCUUCAAAUUCUUUGAUGUCAGCCAGUGUGAAGCCAUCUUCUCAACCAAUUGGAGCUAUCGGAACUAAAGCUCCUCAUUUUCAAGCACCGUCUGCUCCUCAACCAAACCCAUUAACGUACAUACCAUAUGAUCCAAAUCAAGUACUCGGCGUGAGUGGCAGUUACAUGGGCAAUUCCCAAUUGGUACAGAGACCCGGUCCGAACGUACAAGCCUCGGCUAAUAGUUAUUAUAGCGCAACUUCGGCUGAUGUAUUUCCCGGAUCGCAAACAGGUUUUUAUCAGCCAGGGGGUGCUACACAGCAAACCGGUACUCAUUAUGGACUUCAGGGAUUUGGUCAGCACAGCCAAAGUUUGGCAACUGGCAGUGCUGCUCCUGUUGGACUUCAAAACUUCAGCUCAGGCUUUUUAUCUAGUUCGGGGUUACAGAUUGCUGCAGCAGCUCAGCAGUUUCGUAAUCCGACAGGAGGACUACCUGGACCAGCAAACACAGGCCCUACUUUUCUUAGCAAACAUCAACCACAAGAACAGCCUAGACAAUUAAAGAGUCCAUCAGGGAAUCAGCAAGAUGUGCUUGCAUCAGUUUUCAGUUCUACACCACAAAUUCCAUCUCCGAAAUCAAGAAACUGUAAGCAACAAUCUUCAUCUCAACAACCACAACCUAGUCCGACGCAACAUCACAAAUAUCAACAGUAUCAAGGUGUUAGUCAGUCAACUUUGAUUUUACAACAAAAUAUUCGUGGCAUGGGCAUGCCACCACGUGCUGGAAUUCAACCAUCGCAACAAAGAUAUCCACCACCCAUUCAGAGACCAGUUGUUCCAUUUACACCGGGUCCAAAUCCGAAUAAUCCUACGCAACAACAGCAACAACAACCUAAUUGCAUGCCGUCGCAACAGCAACAAGUUCAAAUAAACCGCCACAGACCGAAUCUGCAUCAACAGCAACAACAGCAACGAAAUAUGAAGAUGCAACAACAAUAUUAUUCUACUCAAGGAAACGUUAAAAUGGACACAAAUGAAAAGACAGAUUCGCACAAUGAUAAAAUCAACGAUGGUAGCUCUGGUGCUCAGCAAGGAGGCGCUAAACCAAACGUAAAUUCACAAGACAAUGACAAUAAGGAAGAAGUGAAUCAACAAAAUGAGUGAAUUGUGACAAAGAACAUUCGAUCUACCUUUUGAAAAUGCAAUUUGCGAUCAUAUAUAAUGGUGCGACAUCGAUCGAAAGGUAAAUGAUAAUGAUUAACUUGUCAUACGUGUGGAGCGAUUUGAACUCCAACUGAUAUUAUAUUUGUCGAUUUAAAGCGGCUUGCGAGCUUAGAAUUCGUAAUUAAUAAUUCGGCCAUGUCUAGUUAGAAUAAUUUAAUCAUGGUGUAUCAAAGAAGGAAAACGAUAGGUGAUAUUGUUGUUAUACAUACCAAUGCUUCUCCGAAUUAACAAUCAUAAACGUUUUACCUUUCAUGAAUUCUCAACAAACAAAUCGCUUUUAUCGAACAUUCCUUUCUGUUCGAAAAAAUAUUGCAAAUAAUAAGACGGCAGAAAUGUCGGGGAUGUAAGACAAAUACCCGAAGUAAAAUGAAACCUGAUCGAUACCAUCGAGGAUAAUUAUCAUCUAAAAAAGUCCCUGUAAAUUACGUCUUUCAACAUCAGGGACAUUAACACGUUGUUCAGUUAAAAGAUAAAUAAAUAAAUAAAUAAAAGAAGUUAAAUGAUUAGACUGACGCGCACAACGUAUAUUCACUCGAUGUCAAUCGAUCAUCCGAAUCAAUUAAUUACAUUAUCAACUGUGAAGAUAAAAAAGAUGUGCACAAGACUUAUGUUUCUGUAUAUGGACACGACGGCGGUCUGUGGUAUACGAUAAUAUUAAAAUCAGAUUUUCGUGAAAUGUAGUUCGACAAAGAUAUUACACGAUCGUCGCUAUUAUUUGUAGAGUAUCACUAAAAUGAAAAAAGAACAAAUCGAUGAAGAAGACUGUUGUUGUGUAUAUCGAAAUUAAAACAAGAAAGUAUAUACAUGCGAUGAUCGUACGAAUUUGCAUGACGUUCCCCAAUAUGACAAUUAAAAAAGUUCGUGUACAUUAAUCGUUUAUUGAUAUACUGUGAGGUCAUGGUGAAGCUUGUGAAAAAUAAAUAGUGCAACAAUCGUU